CACAACAUGUUGGAGACCGCAGCUACCGAGCCGCUCUGUGCAGAGGUAACUUUUUAAUCCCGGUUUUGUUGCCUUAUCACUCAGGAGGAGGAGGUCGGGGAGAGAGAAAGGGACAAAAAGUCAGUCAUGGUGUGAACUUGGAGUGGAAGCUGGAGCGUCUUCUCGCAAAAGAAGCCCGUCCGCGUUCAUUUGUGCUGCGAGAGGGAGCCGAAGAGGAGGGGGGUUGAAGGGGGAAGAGAAGCCCGGAGAAGAGCGAGAAAAGUGGGGUACAAGAUGCAGCUGGCCGCGGUGCUGCGGGGCGUCCUCCUCCUGGCAAGUUUGCUGCUCAGCCAGAGUCCAGGUGUUCACGGCAACGCUGAUUGUUCCUGUGGAAGAAACCACUUCACGUGCGCCGUCAGUGCUUUUGGGGAGUGUACCUGCAUUCCUGCUCAGUGGCAGUGUGACGGAGACAACGACUGCGGAGACCACAGUGAUGAGGACGGAUGCAUGCUCCCCACCUGCUCGCCGCUGGACUUCCACUGUGAGAACGGCAAAUGCAUCCGUCGCUCCUGGGUCUGUGACGGAGACAACGACUGCGAAGACGACUCCGACGAGCAAGAUUGCCCUCCCAGGGAGUGUGAAGAGGACGAGUUCCAAUGCCUAAACGGCUACUGCAUUCGCAGCCUCUGGCACUGCGAUGGCGACAACGAUUGUGGAGACAACAGUGAUGAACAAUGUGAUAUGCGUAAAUGUUCAGAUAAAGAGUUCCGUUGCACAGAUGGAAGCUGCAUUGCUGAACACUGGUAUUGUGACGGAGACAAAGACUGCAAGGAUGAAUCCGACGAGGAAAAUUGCCCCUCAGAUGUGAUGACAGCUACCUGCAGUGUGGAGGAGUUCCAGUGUGCAUAUGGCCGCUGUAUCCUGGACAUCUACCAUUGUGACGGAGAUGAUGAUUGUGGAGACUGGUCGGACGAGUCAGACUGCUCUUCCCACCAACCCUGCAGGUCAGUAGAGUUCAUGUGCAGCAGUGGCAUGUGCAUCAACUCUGGCUGGAGGUGCGACGGCGAACAUGACUGUGACGACCAGUCGGACGAGAAAAACUGCACCACAUCCAUGUGCAUGGCCGACCAGUUCCGCUGUGGAACUGGCCGGUGUGUCCGGUUGUCAUGGAGAUGCGAUGGUGAAGACGACUGCUCGGAUCGCAGCGAUGAAGAGGGAUGUGAGAAAACUGAGAGUCCUCCUUGUGCUCCUGACCAGUUCCAGUGUGGGAAUGGACGUUGUAUUGGUCAGAGGAAGGUGUGUAACGAGAUUAACGACUGUGGUGAUGGGACUGAUGAGCACCCACAUCACGACUGCCGGCCACGCUCAAGCGAGGACAACUGUAACCAGAAUAACGGAGGCUGCUCCCAGAAGUGUCAGAUGGUUCGAGGACUGGUCCAGUGCACCUGUCACACCGGAUACCGACUGACGGACGACGGCAAAACCUGCCUAGAUGUGGAUGAGUGUGCAGAAGAAGGAUACUGCAGUCAGGGCUGUACCAACACAGAAGGGGGGUUCCAGUGCUGGUGCGUGCAGGGCUAUGAGCUUCGACCCGACAAGCGCAGCUGCAAAGCUCUAGGUCCAGAGCCAGUGCUGCUGUUUGCCAAUCGCAUCGACAUCCGUCAAGUUUUGCCACAUCGCUCUGAAUACACCCUACUGCUCAACAACCUGGAAAACGCGAUCGCUCUGGACUUCCAUCACAACUUAGAGCUGGUCUUCUGGUCGGAUGUGACGUUGGACCGCAUCAUGAAGGCCAAUCUAAAUGGCUCUAAUGUGGAGGAGGUUGUCUCCACUGGUCUGGAGAGCCCAGGUGGACUGGCUAUAGACUGGAUCCAUGAUAAGCUUUACUGGACAGACUCCGGAACAUCCCGGAUUGAGGUGGCCAAUUUGGACGGAACACACCGUAAGGUGUUACUGUGGCAGAACAUGGAGAAGCCCAGAGCCAUUGCACUGCACCCCAUAGAAGGGAAGAUCUACUGGACGGACUGGGGGAACACGCCUCGCAUCGAGUACGCCAACAUGGACGGCUCAAACCGGCGAGUCAUCGCAGACACGCACUUGUUCUGGCCCAACGGGCUCACCAUUGAUUAUGCCAGCCACUGCAUAUAUUGGGUGGACGCCAAGCAUCAUGUCAUCGAAAGAGCUGACCUGGAUGGACGCAACCGCAAGGCCGUCAUCAGCCAAGGCCUGCCUCAUCCAUUUGCCAUCACAGUGUUUGAGGACAGCCUCUACUGGACCGACUGGCACACCAAGAGCAUAAACAGCGCCAACAAAUUCACCGGCAAGAACCAGGAGGUUAUCCGGAACAAGCUGCACUUCCCCAUGGACAUCCACACCCUGCACCCACAGCGACAGCCUGCAGGUGGCAGAAACCGCUGUGGCACCAACAAUGGAGGUUGCAGCCAUCUGUGUCUGCCAAGCAACAAAACCUUCACCUGCGCCUGCCCCACCGGCUUCAAGAAAGUGGACCAUUAUAGCUGUUCCAUCAGUCUUGACAAGUUCCUGCUUUUUGCCCGAAGGACGGACAUCCGACGAAUCAGCUUUGAUACCAAGGACAUGUCCGAUGAUGUCAUCCCUCUGGCUGAUGUGCGCAACGCUGUGGCACUGGACUGGCACGACAAAGACGGCUACAUUUACUGGACCGACGUCACAACCGACUCCAUCAACAGAGCACUGUGGAAUGGCACCAAGCAGGAGGUGGUGGUGGAUACCAGCUUGGAGAGCCCAGCAGGAUUGGCAAUCGAUUGGGUGACCAAUAAACUCUACUGGACCGAUGCAGGUACAGAUCGUAUCGAGGUUUCAAAUGCUGAUGGGAGCAUGCGGACUGUUCUGAUUUGGGAGAACCUGGAUCGACCCAGAGACAUUGUAGUCGACCCAACUGGAGGCUUCAUGUACUGGACUGACUGGGGUGCCAACCCAAAGAUUGAGCGCGCAGGAAUGGACGCUUCAAAUCGCAUCGUCAUCAUUUCAUCCAAUCURACAUGGCCCAACGGACUUGCCAUCGACUAUGAGACCAAACGUCUGUACUGGGCUGAUGCAGGCAUGAAGACUAUUGAAUUUGGAAACUUUGAUGGUUCAGACAGACAGGUUUUGAUUGGCAGCCAGCUGCCUCACCCUUUUGGGCUCACUGUACACGAAGACAAGCUGUACUGGACCGACUGGUUAUCCAAGAGCAUCCACAGUGCCGACAAGCUCACGGGUUUGGAGCGCCACACGCUGGCUGAGAACUUGGAGAAUCUGAUGGACAUUCAUAUGUUCCAUCGGCACCGCGAGACAGUGCACAACCCGUGUGCAGUCAAUAAUGGAGGCUGUAGCCACCUCUGUCUCCUGGCACCUGCUCCCAAGGCUUCUAGCUGCUCCUGUCCCACUGGGAUCAACUUGCAAAGCGAUGGAAAAACCUGCACACCUGGGAUGAACAGCUUCCUUAUCUUUGCUCGGAGGACAGACAUCAGGAUGGUUUCUUUGGAUAUUCCCUACUACGCUGAUGUGGUUCUAGCGGUCAAUAGCUCAAUGAAAAACACUAUUGCCAUCAGCGUUGACCCCAAAGAAGGAAAAGUCUACUGGUCUGACAGUACACUGAAGAAAAUCAGCAGAUCCAACAUCAAUGGGUCAGCACACGAAGACAUCAUAUCUACAGGAUUGAUGACCACUGAUGGGCUGGCGGUGGAYGCUGUCGGCAGGAAGAUCUACUGGACUGACACAGGAACCAACCGUAUUGAAGCGGCCAACCUGGAUGGUUCCAUGAGGAAGGUUCUCAUUUGGCAAAACCUUGAUAGCCCACGAGCGAUUGCCCUCUACCAUGAGAUGGGUUAUAUGUACUGGUCGGACUGGGGUGAGCAUGCAAAACUGGAGCGCUCAGCGAUGGAUGGAUCGGAWCGUGUGGUCCUCAUAAGCAACAACCUGGGCUGGCCUAAUGGCCUGGCUAUUGAUACGGCUGGAUCACAGCUACUGUGGGCUGAUGCUCACACUGAGCGCAUUGAGGCAUCUGACCUUAAUGGGCAGAAUCGUCGCACCCUGGUCACUCCUGUCCAGCACCCAUAUGGUUUAACUCUUUUGGGUUCCCAUAUCUACUGGACUGACUGGCAGAGCCGCAGUAUCCAGAGAGCGGACAAGAACUCCGGAGCCAACACCAUCACAGUACGAGCCAAUCUGCCUGGCCUGAUGGACAUUCAAGCUGUGGACAGGGAGAAGCCAAUGGGUUUUAAUAAAUGUAGCAAGAGGAACGGCGGUUGCACCCACCUCUGCCUGCCUCGUCCCAACGGCACUUCCUGUGCGUGUCCCACUGGCAUUCUGCUCAAGGGAGAUGGCAGGUCGUGUGAGGACUCCCCCGAGACCUACCUGCUCUUUUCGAAUCGCGUCAGCGUGCGCAGAAUCUCCCUGGACACCAGCGACCACACCGACGUGCACGUGCCUGUGCCAGAGCUGCACAAUGUCAUCUCACUUGACUACGACAGCGUAGAUGGAAAACUUUACUACACGGACGUCACCCUGGAUGUGAUCAGGCGGGCGAAUCUGGAUGGCAGUGAAAUGGAAACAGUAAUCAGUCARGGUCUCAAGACCACAGACGGCUUGGCUGUCGACUGGGUGUCCAGAAACAUGUACUGGACUGAUACUGGACGCAACACCAUUGAGGUGGCCCGCCUGGAUGGAUCGAGUCGCAAAGUCCUGGUGAAUAACAGUUUGGAUGAACCUCGAGCCAUUGCAGUGUUCCCAAGUAAAGGGUUUCUGUUCUGGACCGACUGGGGACACAUUGCAAAGAUCGAACGCUCUCACCUUGAYGGAUCAGACCGCAAAGUUCUGAUCAACACGGACCUGGGAUGGCCCAACGGUCUUACUUUAGACUACGACACACGAAGGAUCUUCUGGGUGGACGCCCACUUGGACCGGAUCGAAAGCUCCGAUCUGAACGGGAAACUGCGCCAGGUCCUCGUCAGUCCCGUGUCCCACCCGUUCGCCCUCACGCAGUCGAAGCCGGUGUCCUCCCCUCUAACUCCUUUCUCCCGACUCUCGCAGCAAGACCGUUGGAUCUACUGGACGGACUGGCAGACAAAGUCCAUCCAACGAGUGGAUAAGCACACUGGCCGGAAUAAGGAAACUGUGCUGGCCAAUGUGGAGGGGCUCAUGGACAUUAUAGUGGUCUCUCCUCACAGGCAGACAGGUUCUAACCUCUGUGGAGUAAAUAAUGGUGGAUGCACCCACCUCUGCUUUGCCAAGACCAACAGUUUUGUUUGCGCCUGCCCAGAUGAACCAGAUGGGCGACCCUGCUCCACAAUUUCAGGCUACAUCCCAACCUCUCCUGCCAAAGGUGCCAGCAGCACCCCGGUACCCAAAAAGAUCCCCAAAACUCCAACCGACACCCCACACAGAGGACCCCCWCUGGUCAACUGCACUGACAGGAACCUAAAUGCAGAAGGCUGUUUGAGCACAGUGGUAACAGCCCCUCAUGGAGAAGGCCUUCACAUCAGCUAUGUGAUUGGUGGAGUUCUCACCAUCCUGGCCAUUCUCAUCCUCAUCGCUGCUUUCAUUAUUUACAGACACAAAAAGUCCAAGUUUGCUGAACCGGGAGUGAGCAAUCUGACCUACAGUAACCCCUCGUAUCGAACAUCCACACAAGAGGUGAAGAUCGAAGCGUCACAGAAGCCUCCGAUCUACAACCAGCUUCGAUAUAAGAAAGAGGGGGGAGUGGACGGAGGCUACACGAAGGAGAAGAUCCGCAUAGUGGAGGGGGUGUGCCUCCUGUCCAGCGAAGAGCUUUACUGGGAUGACCUAAAACAAAUCAAGCCGUCCCGCGGCGGCCUGCACACCUGCAUGCGGACCGACACCGUGUCCCUGCAGGCCAGCAGCGCCUCGCUCGACGACGGCGAGACCGAGCAGCUCCUCCAGGAGGAGGCGUCCGAGUGCUCCUCUAUAACCACGCUGACCCCCUCAGCCAUCACCCCGCAACGUCACGCCCAGCACAGCCUGCCCGACACCGGCUGGGCCUCCAUACGCAAACCCUCCACUGAGAGCGAAGUGUGAGAGACGCUCGCUGCCCUCUGUUGUGCGUUCUCUCCACCGUCAUCACAGGACACACACACGCACACACACACACACACACACGCACACACACACACAUGCAAACACUGUAUUCAACGCUGGUACAAAGAUCACUAGGUACAAGCAACAGUAACAGUGGCAUGUGUAAACUUUUAGUACAUAAGAACCUGCUUUGACACACAAAAACUCCUGUCUUUGAAACUGGGGCUCUGUCUUACUUGUACACACACAUACACACAAACACACACACACAGAUCAACAGUCCUCAGUGCUACCGCCUCCAGGCAAAGUGAUAAACGAAGGAGCCUGCUGGAAUAAAACGACAGAAGACUCCAGGGAGGAAAUGAAUAAAGAAACCCAAACAGUAUCUGGAGCCUUUUUAAAGGAUGGAGACAAAYGCUUCUCUGUGUACAAACUUAACUCAGUUCUCUGUUGUUUUUUUUUUGUGUACUAUUUUGGGGAGAAAGCUAAGACAACAUACUCCACAGAUGAUGUAACCGCAGUGCUCACUCAAAUGCCACUCGUAUGUUUAUAAACGCUAUUUAUGAACUGUU